AUAUAACAAAGAUAAUACGAAGAUACUGAAAAGACUAGAUUUAUAUUCAUCAAUUGUUUGUGUAAUAGAGAAAUUUCUUGAAAAAUUCAAUCAUAAUUCUCUUAGAAAUGGAAACUUUUGUAUGCAUAGGCAACGUUGUGUAGUAAAACAACAAUGAGAAUUUUUGUUUACGAUGAUCAUCGACGACGAAGUAUAUGCCAUAGACGAACCACGUAGAUGCUACUGUUGUCAGUUUGUUGAUAUUCAUUUUGUCGCAAGGAGUGAGAUAUUUGUUCUCGUUUAUUUUUUUAUAAUUCCAAAUAUUUCCGCAUACUUAGUUUAAGUUGUGAAUGUGCUUGUUUUGUGUUAUUUGUGAAUUAUAAUUGGAUUUUAUUAUUUGAAAAUGUCAUAAGAGAUUCGACAAAAUUUCACGAUAGUUACAAUCUGAACUACGUUCAGUUUUCUAGAAGAUAAUUAGUUUAUUCUUCAUGCUUAUCCCAAGAUGUUAACAUUUUCUAUUAUUGUUUUAUUGACUUCAUUAUCUCUUAGCUUAGGAUUGUUGGAAGGACCAAAUAUAUGUACCACACAGGAAACAUAUACAGUGACAGUAAGAGUGUCCGAAGAACAGCCGUAUCAAGUUAGAGAAUACGUUUGGUGCCUUAACUUUCCUCCAAGAUGCUCAAAAUAUAAAAUUAAAUUUAAAACUGUGUACAAAAUACAAAACUUGGUCAAAACUAGACCUGUUGAAGACUGCUGUAAAGGUUAUACAAAAAGCAAUACUGCGGAUAGAUGUAUACCAGUUUGCUCACAAAAUUGCCUCCACGGAACUUGCGUAGCGCCAGAUACAUGUAAAUGUGAAACAGGUUAUGGCGGGCCAUAUUGUGAUAUUUCUUGCCCUAAAGGUCUCUGGGGAAGAGAAUGCCAAACUAAAUGCGAAUGCCAAAAUAAUUCCACGUGUGAUCCUUAUGAUGGCAGCUGUUACUGCUCAAGAGGUUGGAUAGGAAAACACUGCGAAAGUAAAUGUGACAAAUUUCAUUUUGGACAUGACUGCUUAGAACAAUGCCGUUGUGAAAAUGGUGAUUGCGAUCAUGUGUCAGGAGAAUGCAAGUGUCAUGCCGGAUACAGGGGACCUCUAUGCGAAGAUAUCUGUCCCAAGGGUAAACACGGUUCGGAAUGUAAAUCCGAUUGCCGAUGCCAAAAUGGCGGUACCUGCGAUCCUGAGACCGGAUUCUGUUUCUGCAAAGAAGGAUGGACUGGACCCGUUUGUGCUAAUAGAUGUCCUUUUGGCUUUUGGGGUACAAAUUGUUCUCAACCAUGUGAUUGCUAUAAUGGUGCUUCUUGCCAUCAUAUUAACGGUACAUGUGAAUGUCAGCCUGGUUUUACAGGAGACAGGUGUUUAGAUGUUUGCCCUGAGGGUACAUUUGGAAUAAACUGUUCUGAAAAAUGUAGUUGUCAAAACAAUGCUAAAUGUUCAAAUAAAAACGGCACCUGCAUAUGUUCAAAAGGAUGGAGAGGUAAUUAUUGUGAAGAGAGAGCUUGCCCGGAUGGAUAUUAUGGACCUAAUUGUUCGAAGAUGUGCCAAUGUAACAAAGAGAAUACGGAAAUGUGUCAUCCUUGGACUGGAGAAUGCGAUUGUAAGGCUGGGUGGAACUCAGAAGACUGCUCUCGAUUAUGUCCCAUUCUCACAUAUGGUAAAGGUUGUCACGAACUGUGUAAAUGUCAGAACAAUGCACAAUGUUCUCCGGUGAAUGGUACUUGUAUUUGUCCGCCAGGUUUUACUGGUAUUAGUUGUGAACAUACUUGUCCAGAAGGCAAAUUUGGAGAAGACUGUGCUCAAAAAUGUGAUUGUAAAAAUGGUGCGAGCUGUUCUUCAGAAACUGGCCAAUGUCAAUGCCCAGCUGGUUGGGAAGGUCAGCAGUGUGAUAGACCAUGUAGUAGUAAUUCAUUUGGAUCACAUUGUAAUCAAAAAUGCGUUUGUAAAAAUGGCGCUUCCUGUAAUCCCGUCAAUGGUAGUUGUACGUGUGGAGCCGGAUUUUAUGGAGAAUUUUGCGAAAAUAAAUGUGAUCAGGGCUAUUUUGGGAUAAAUUGUGAACAAAUUUGUUUAUGUCAAGAAGGCCAUCAUUUAGGAUGUGAUCCCAUUACUGGGAAAUGUAUUUGUAAACCUCAGUGGAAAGGUGUAAUGUGUGAAUCAAUGUGCCCCGAAGGCAAAUAUGGUCCCAAGUGCGAAUUUAUUUGCAAUUGCAAAAAUAAUAGUUCAUGUGAUCCUGAAAGUGGAAUGUGCUAUUGUUCUAGAGGUUGGCAAGGAGAAGAUUGCUCUAUACCUUGCAACAUUGGCUACUAUGGAAUUAAUUGCAGACAAAAAUGCCCAGAAGUGUUUAUAGGAAAUAAAACAUGCGAUCAUGUGACAGGAGAUUAUAUCUGUCCACCGGGAUAUCUGGGUCUUACAUGUGAACAUCCAUGUCCUAUUGGAAGGUAUGGAAAGAAUUGUUUACAAAAUUGUUCCUGCAAAAAUGGAGGAGAUUGUCAUCAUGUCACAGGUGAAUGUCAAUGCUUGCCAGGCUGGACCGGUACCAACUGUACAACACCAUGUCCUGAUGGAAGUUUUGGUAUGAAUUGCAGCCAACAUUGUAAAUGUCUAAAUGGAGGACAAUGCAGAAGAAAUGAUGGCGUUUGUAGGUGUAAACCUGGAUGGACGGGCACUCAAUGUACCGAAUUAUGUCCAGAAGGUUAUUAUGGCGAUCACUGUAUGACACCUUGUGAGUGUGAAAAUGAUAACUUCAUUUGCCAUCCAGCAGAUGGUUGUAUAUGCAAACAUGGAUUUACUGGAGAGCACUGUGACGAAUCUAAUAUUCUGGGACGAGUACGACAGAUAGAAGAUUCUGAAGGUGGUUACGGUGUUGUGGUUGCAGUUGUCAUGGUUUCGAUAAUUUUUGUGGCUAUCGUUGCAUUACUUAUAUUUUACUAUAGAAGAAGAGUAUCAAAUUUAAAAACAGAAAUAGCGCAUGUGCAAUAUAUAGCCGAUCCGAGUGGAUUUUCACCUGAUCGAACUCAUUUCGAUAACCCAGUUUAUUCAUAUCAGGGUGGAAUAAAAAGAGAUAAUGAACAUCUGUUGAACAACAGUACCAAAAUUUUCAAUAAUUUACAUAAACCAUUAAACACUAACUUGGAAAGAGCCCGUCUUGGAGGUAUGGCUUGUUGUUCGACUGACGAUGAUGAUCUUCCAAAAGGCUUAUACGACACAGAUGAACUGAAGAGUUUGAAAAAUAGAGAAGCCGAUGCCACAAAUCCCAACAUUUAUCACAGUAUUGAGAAAUUAGAUCACGUUUAUGAUGAAAUUAAACAGAAUGAUGUUAAAGAUAUAGGUAUUUACAUUUGGAAAUAUACCAAAAAUGGAAUACGACCAUCUGGACUAUACGAGGCCUGUGAGCACUCUAAAACCACAUUACCAAAGGAUGGCUAGUCCUUUUGGAUCUAGAGAUCUUACAAGAGACGACAAAAUAAUCGAUGAAAACUAGUUAUGAAGUUACAUUUAACUAUUUAUUUCUUGGUACUCUUUUUUUUACAUAUUUUCAUUACAACGUUUUGUAUA